AUGGGUUUUGUGUUAAAGCUCGUAGAUGCCAUCUUGUUCCUGUUCUUUCUAUUGAUAGCAAUCGCUGCACCAUUGAUAGAUGCACAAACGUGUCUUCCCCUCUCUUACUUCCCUGAUUUUCUUGUCAAUGUUAAAACAUGGUACACCAAUGAGUAUGGUGAUUAUCUUGUUGUUGACAAACCCCAUUUCUUCGUUGGUCUCGUUUGGCUUGAGCUUCUCUUUCAAUGGCCCCUUUCUCUUAUCAAUAUCUAUGCUAUGUUCUAUUCCAAGCCUUGGUUUAAUACCACUUGCUUGAUCUAUGGUGUUUCUCUCUCCACUUCCAUGGUUGCUGUAUUAUCAGAAAUGAUGGGAUCGAAGAAAGCAUCUGAUAAACUAUUGACAAUGUAUUUCCCUUUCAUGUGUUUGGGUAUUUUAGCGACUUUGAGAGGCUUGCUGACAAGUUCCUUCAAAUCGUCAUCAGCUUUUGGUAAAAGACCUGCAAUGGCGAGGAAAAAACGAGCUUGA